GUUGGUGUUGACAUUUCGAAAUACGAUCGCGUCGGCAGAAAUUUACAAUACACCUUCGAAAACGACAAUCAACAGAACAAGCAGGUAAGGUAAAUGCGUCGUCACCGGACGGCUUGUGAGGCAUCACGUAUACGCCGCAUUGGCUGGCGUUGCAGCGGAGAAUUUCGCUGACCCGUAGAAAUAUGGGAAAGAAAAAAAAACGAAAGAAAAACUAGCAAAAAACAGUAUAACCAGUAAAGAAAAAAAAGAACAAGCGAAUUGUACACCCCGCAUGAGUCAAGGAAUAAUGUUUUUUUUUUUUGGUGUGAAAAUCGCCUCACAAUUUCCCCUGGAUUUAGCACUUUUGGGUAAGCGAAAAACGAUCAGAAGAACAGGAAAUUGUUAACAUACUUCCAAGAAUUUAAUGAUUUUGUGUAAUUGUAGAAGAAGUCAAUAGCCAUGGGUCACGAACUGUGGCUCUAAUCGAUGGCUUAAAUACGUUUUGUUCACAAAAAAUGCCUGACUGCCCUUUUCCUGGGUCUUUGAACUAGUGGGAUUUGAAGUGCAGUUGCCAGAAAUUACGUUGUAUUUGGAUGCAAUGGGCACUCGCCUGCUGAAGUUCACCAACGUCAAGUGCAUGGACUUGCCCACAUCUCGUGGUUUCACCAAAUAUGAAUACUGCCGCCUGAAGGUGGUGCACAGGAAUCAGGUGGAACUCUCCCUGAAGGUCAGCCUGUUGCAGCUUCCCAUCCGGAACCUGACCACCAGAUUGCAGUGCUUCCAAAGGCGGGAUGGCUAUCGACCCUUCAUGUACAACAUACUCUUUGAUUUCUGCAAGCUUAUGGCCAGCAAAAACUACAAUCUGUCCUUUGAACGCUUCAUCUUUGAUGCUAUCCGAAAGCAGAGUAACUUUAAUCAAACGUGUCCUUGGAAGGAGAAUCACAUGACGGUUGAGAAGUUCGCCCUGGAUUUCACAAAGAUCAGCAUGCCAGUGCCCGCGGGAACCUACCGACUGGAUUUCACCUUUUACGCCUACGGCGUCGCUCGUACAUUGACACAGGUGUUUUUCGAGAAAAGCGAGUGACGCCCGUUUUGUUUUUUUUUGGCGCCCCAGAUUGCGUAAGUUAGGAGCAGUCGAAAUACAGUCAAUAGAACGGCUGUGCUACGAUUAAUUUGCAUACACUAACGAUCGAUUUGAUUUCCUUGCCGUAAUAAAAAAAGUCUGUGUGGCAAGUUAAAGUCAAUCAAGUCAAUAAACAAUUACGAGCAGUGGAAAAAUUUUUUUAGAGGGCUCGGCCUAGGCACAGUGGCAGAAAUAAAGUGUACCAGACGGAGAAAUGGUAUCUCAGUUUUCCACCCAGCUUCGCACAUAAGCAAUCAAUUCACCGACCGGAGGCGGUUUUCGUUUAAAUCGAUACCAGAACGGCAAAUUGAUUGAUUUUGGUCACAACGAUACGGAAUACC